AUGUCCUCUCUACCUCCAGCACAACGGCAGCGCUUACAGCCCACCCGCGAUGACUCCUUCCCCCGUGCCGAUCGCACGCGAACACUCUCAGCCGAGAUCGUUGGCGACGUGGCCGACAGAGAGGAACAAUCCGAUCCUAUCAUGGCCGCCUUCCACGACCGAUAUCAACUAUUCGAGAGAUCCAUAAACGCCCUGUUUCGCUCCGAUCACCCGUGCUGCGCCGCGUCCGAGCUCGAUAUUGCAUCGCUGGAAUUCGCCGAACAUGAUAUGACCGACGAUGCGCCCGCCGCCGCCGCAGAACCCCCUAAGCCGGCCGCCCCCGUGCGCGUGGAGGAUGACGACUAUGACUUCGACGAGGACGAGGAUGAGGCCCCCGCGAAAAAGCCAGCCACACCGCCGCCGCUGCCGAAGCGGUUGUCUUCCUCGCAGGUGACGUCGACCGGAUCCCCGACGAGACCAGGCAUCGAUGCCAAGGAUAUCGUCGCGACCCGGGAGAAAUUGGAGGCCGACCGCAAGGCCGCCGAGGAGGCGGCGAAGCGCGCGUUCCAUACUACUUUCUUUACGUUGGAAACCGACCGCGAUGCGAUGCUGGAACAGCAGAAGUUGGACGAAUCGGAUCGUCAGGUCAAUGCUGAGGCCAAUGCGGCUCAAGAUACGCAGCCGGGGAAGCUCUCGAGCGCUAAUUUGGGCGCAUCAAGCUUGACCUUGAAGCAUCUCAUUGCUCGUAUCGAUGCGACCCGAGAGCGGGUUAAGAUCUCGGACAUGGAGCUGCGCAACCUUAUGUCGGAGGUGCGCAAGAACCGGUCUAAAUGGGCGAGCGAGGAGAAGGUUGGCCAGGAGGAACUCUAUGAAGCUGCGGAAAAGGUUGUUCUGGAAUUGCGUGCAAUGACAGAGCAUUCCACGGCAUUCCUGAACAGAGUAAACAAGAGAGAAGCUCCGGAUUACUACACGAUCAUUAAACAGCCUAUGGACCUUGGCACAGUUAUGAAGAAGCUGAAGCAACACCAAUACAAAAGCAAGAAGGAGUUCGUCGAAGAUAUUAAUCUCAUCUGGGCGAAUUGCCUCAAGUACAAUGCCGACCCGAACCAUUUCCUCCGCAAACACGCGAAAGCCAUGCAGAAGAUCACAGCUACCCUAGAACCACUAAUCCCCGACAUCGUUAUCCGGGAUCGAGCGGAGGUAGAGGCGGAAGAAGCGGGUGCUGCUGAGGUUGAUGCCGAGGGAGAAAGUGACGAUGAACCCAUAAUGUCCAGCCGCGGACGGAAAGGACCAGGCACAAAGAAGUCGAGAAAAGGUGCAUCGCUACCGCGGGAAGGCACUCCCGACAUCAAACCCCCAAUAGUCAAUCUCAUCCGCGCCGAUUCAAAUCCCCCGCCAAACGACACCCAUAUGAGUCAAAACGGAUUCCUUACACCAACCGGUGGAACACCGAUGCCGAACGGGAUCUCGGGAAUCUCUCAGCUGGAUUUGGACCAUGACAAGCUGGCGGAUGACAGCAAGGACCCCGAGUAUCAAGCGUGGAAGAAGAUUACCAAGAAGGGGAGGGCAAAGAUUGCGAGCGAGCGCCAUAAACUAGUUCGCGGUAACAAAAUCAACCCCGAAGAGCCCGCUUUGAUACGUUCGAGAAUCGGUAUGGCAAGACAUAUCAAGAACGCGGAAAGUCAUCUAAAGGACAUUGAGGAGGAUGACCUGGUGGGGACUCUCUUUGGGGAUGCGGAAGAAGAGGAUGGGAUACUUUUGCCAGACUAUUACUACCCACAGGCUUGCGUGCCUGAAAUUCCAUGGAGAACAGUUUGGGCGAACGAUGGGGACGAGGAAGAGGUCGAAAUGCCCGACGAGCGAGUGAGGAUUGCACCUAGGGGGAUGUUUGUCCCGUCGAAAUCGAUACUCGCCAGCAAAAUUGAUGGAAACAUCAAACAGAUCCAAGAGACAAGGAAACUAUGUGCAAAGAUUGGCGUUGUCAAGCAGAUGCAGGUUCAGACUCAGAUGUACGCCAACCAAUUCACGAAAUACAAUCCCAAAGAGUUUGUGGAGAAGGAUGUGGAUGAUUUUGUCAUAUCUGAUGACGGGCCGGUGAUGUGUGCGAAUGUCGCGCGGGCUGCGCUACAGCGUUCGAUCGGGAAAGUCUUUUACCAUGCCGGCUUCGAGGAAUUCCAGCCCACAGCUAUAGAUGCCAUAACCGACAUUGCAGUGGAUUACUUCCAGAAACUCGGCAAGACCCUAAUGGUUUAUCAAGAGGCGCCCCAGCACGAGCGCAGAUUUGACACCGAGGAAACCAUACUACAUACCCUCUGCCAUAACGGCGCGGAUGUCGAGUGCUUAGACAACUACAUCCGAGACGACGUUGAUCGGCUCGGUACGAAGCUGAAUAGCAUCCAUGAGCGUAUGAAGUGCCACCUUGCAGAUCUUCUGCGUCCUGCACUUGCCGACUCGACCGGCGAUGAUGCGAACUUUGUUGACGGCAGUGAGCAAUUCAUCGGCGGCGACUUUGCAUCGGACAUUGGCGAUGAUUUCUUUGGAUUUAAAGAACUUGGUCUUGAUAAGGAGUUUUCCUUAUCAACCUUGUCCGUACCCUUGCACCUGCUCCAAGGCAGAAUGAACAAAGCAUAUCAGCCCAUCCAGAUCCCUGGCGCUACUGCCGACGAAGGCCACAAACCUCCGCCUUCAUUCGAACCAGUCACUCACGAGCUCCUCAAGCCUCAAAUCGACCUGGUGCGAAACUUCUUCCUGGCCAAGCUCCACGCCAACAAUGAGCAACCCCUUAUCGAAGACGAGGACCUUCCGCUCAAGCAGCGGCCGCCUAAGCCGCGUCUCCCACCGACAGGAAAGAUUUCCAUGCCCCGGAAGCGACCCCUCAACGGCCAGGGCGGUGGCAGCAAAAAGAAAAAGAAGCCAAAUGCCGCGCCGCCACCAGUCAAAAAGGAGUUUAUGGAACGCAGCGCCAGCAAGAUCUCCGAGGCAGACGACGGAAACGGUGGUAUGAUGAGUCCCGAGAGCUUAGUGGCUGCUGGGUGA